ACGUAAUGACGUCACCGCGUCCGGUAUAUAUUUGUAUUGUUUUGGCGGUUUCGUUCGUUGGUCCUGUUUUAUUUCACCUCGUCCAAACUGAUUCUCCACCUACCAUGGAGCGUGGAAGGAUGAGUCGAGUAACAAGCAGCAGACAUUCGGAGCUGCCGAUGCGAGUGCAGGGCAGCAACAGGAUGAGCAUGGUGUACACAACGCCCCAGAGUAAACAGCCUUCCUUUGGAAAGCUCAACACACUUAAACCCCAGUCUGUGACUUCUGAAAGGCGGACCAGCUUCUUUGGCCCCAGGACCAGUGGAGCUGGCAUGCCUCGCAACAGCACCGUGUCUGGCUUUGGUGCAACUGAGAAGGUCAAAGAUGCCAGGCCUUUGCAUGAUAAAUCUUAUGUUCAGCAGUGCAUCAGGCAGCUGCAUGAGUUCUUGACAGACCAAGGUUACCCUGGCACUUUGUCGGCCAAGACACUCCAGUCUCCCUCUACCAAGGAGUUUGUGAAGAUGUUUGAGUUUAUCUAUCGCCAGCUGGACCCAACCUUUGAGAUGCCAAACUCAAAAGUGGAGGAAGAAGUCCCUGCUAUCUUAAAAGCCCUGAAGUAUCCUUUUGUGCUCUCCAAGUCUUCAAUGUACUCUGUUGGAGCUCCCCAUACCUGGCCUCAAGCCCUGGGUGCUCUCAUUUGGUUAAUUGACAACGUCAAGAUCUUUUGGAGUUUUAGUAAACAAGACCUGCUGUUCAGUGACUUCUGUGCAGACGAUGACAAUAUAGAGGAAGGGGCCGAGUAUAAUAAGCUCUUCCUGGAUUAUACAGCUGAAACAUAUUCCAAGUUCAUGCAGGGUGAUGACACAUUUGAAGAUGAGGAUGAAAUAUUCCUCACAAAACUAAAGAAGCUUUACAAUGUUGAUGAAUGCAUGCUGGCCUCGAUGGAGGAGAAACACAGAAUACUCAGUGCUGAGGUUGAACAACUGGAAAAGGAAAGCCAGACGGAUCGUUUAAUGACCAAGAGGAUGGAAAAAUUGAAGCUACAAGAAGAUCUCAAGAAACUCCAGAGUUAUCGGAGCAGCUUGGACUCUUUUAAAGCUAACUUGGAAAACAAAGCUUCAGGACUGAAUGAUGAGCUGGAAACCACAGUCAGUCAUCUGGAGUCUCUAAAACAUGAGCAGGAUGAACUGCAGCACCGGCUGCAAAAUCAGAAGUUUACUCCAGCUGAUGUCGAGAGGAUCAACAGAGAGAAAAGAGAACUCCAGCAGACCAUCUCCAGUCUUGCCAAGUCUCUUGAGGAAGCUGAACAGCACAAGUGGAAUGAAGAGAUUGCUCUGGCCAAAGUGAAAGAGAAGGCUGAGUUGAAGGUAGCAGAAUACCACAAGCUGGCACGCAAACUGAAGCUGAUACCUGUGUCUGCAGAAAAUGCUUGUGGUCAUGAUUUUGAGAUCAAACCAUUUGAAUGUGGACCCAGCAGCAUGGUUCAACGUAAAACACAGAUACAGAUUCUUCUGAGAAAACUGAUCAGUGAUGUUGAAGAGGAGAACACUCGAUUAACCAACACAAACCUCAGUCUGGAGGAGUCCUGUGAACAGGUGAAUUCUAAUAUUUUGGACAAGUCCAAUGACCUGAAGCAGCUGAGAGAGCAGAUUCGUAAGCUGGAUGAACAGUUGGAGACUGACAUGCAGGAGCUGGCACGAGAGGAACAGGAAUGGGCAGCAGAGAUGGAGUCUGUGGAAAAUCAUCGUAAACUCCUGGAGAAGAAAAUAAACUAUGGUUACGAUGAAGCAGUGCAACAGUUGAAGGCAGCACAACAACAGUACCACCUGGUGUUGCAGGAGACCAACGAGGAGAGGCGAACGGUAGCUAACAACCUGGCGUCUGUGUUUACCACAGCUGCUAACCACCUGUCCAUCACAGAGAAGUCCUUGGAGGAUCUGCACAGGCGAGUGCAGCGUGUCUGCUCUAAGGCCGUAGAAGAAGAUGCAUCCGCUAUUCAGACGAUGCAGGAAGCUUUGAAUAGCCUCAAGUCCAAGGCAACAUCUUUGUAAAGAGAGGAUGGAGCUUCAGUCCUUCGUCACUGGUCUCACUGUUCCUCAGUAGGUGGUUGAAGCCACUAGAAGGCAGCACACACCACUUUUAAGAGACACAGUUAGUUGUUAGCUGGUUUAAAAAAAAAAAAAAGGGUGAUUUGAUUAAUUUGUUGUCUGUCACUUUGGUCAUAACAGAAUAAUAACAUUAACAACAUCCACUAGUAUAAUCUGUUCAUGUUCUUUUGAUCUGUUAUUCCAAACUUAUUUACCUUCUGUAAUGUCACUGUUUGUCAAACUGUCUAAUAAAUUUC